GCUCCUCAUUUACUAGCUGGACAAUAUGAUGAAAACCCAUGGACACAGAGCAGUCAGAGGACACUCAAACUUCAGAUGAGACCGAGCGUCUGUCUAAAGCAGCAUCAUCACCUAAUUCACCAAACACCGACAGGCAAAGAGCCAAAUCUCUGCCUGCAGAUCUACACCAGCAUGAAUCUUCCUCACACAAGGAACAUCCAGCCCGCGGAAAGAGAGUCCAGUUUGCGGACACGAUGGGGUUGAACCUGGCAAGCGUCAGACAUUUUGACAUCUCUGACGAAACAUCUGGACUCCGGAAUCGACCUCAAAACCAGCAACUGAUUUCAGCGCGUUUAGCGCCAGCCUUUGAAAUGCCUGUGAGCUCGCUGGAGUUCGAUAUGAAGUCCCGCCGCCUGGGAGUCGCACUGGAGUGCGUCACAAUAACCGCUUCUGAAGUGAAGGGUGUGAUCAGAGCGAUGCAGAGCAACCCAAGUGAGGUUGGGGUUAGGUAUACUUUGAAUAACUGGCUGACAUUUACGGACGUGCAAGCUGCGUUAAGACUGAAUGAAGAAAAGGGGAUGGAGUGGGGAAAGUUUGACUUCAUUUUGUACAUGCCUUUCUGUUUAGACAAAGAUUCAUCGGUGCAUUUCGCAGUGUAUUGUCAAACCGAAGAGGGGAAAUACUGGGACAAUAAUGACGGACAGAACUACACUUUAAGGACUCAAACUACUUGAUAACCCAAGGAUUUAGUAUCUGACUACUUACAAGCUGAAAUUUAAUUCAAUAAAAUGAACCUGACUUGUA